AUGGCCUUGGUGAUCCAGGCAGCACCCUUCCGCGGGCUGAAGGGCCCACAUCAGGCGUCAGGUCCAGGCCGCGUUCCCCUCCUUCAGGGACGACUACGAGGGCUGCAAGGAUCCCGGCCGAGGCACUGCGGCUGCAGAACGCGGCCCUGGAGCGGGGCGGCGCUGGCAGAGCAGGGCCAUGCGGGGAGGCGUCGCCGGGGGACCUGGCCCCUCCGCGCGGCGCGGCUGGCCCUAGAGGCCGUCGGGUCCCCAGCCGACGCCCAGGGAGGGCUUCAGCAUGAAUUGAUUGCUAGGGGACCCCAGGGAGCGGGCACCACGGAGGGUCCAGCAGGCGCUGGGCACAGUGGGGAGAAGGUGAUGCCCGCUCCACCCCUGCCCUCUGAGACGCCUCUGGGGCACCUCUGCCCCCUUCCUGGGCCCAGGAGAGGAGAGGGGAGGACUUCCCAAGGAGGAAGCAGCAGGCUCUCGCCCCUCUCCCCUGAGCACAGAGCCUGGCCCCUGCACUUACUGCAGGACCCCGAAGACCCCCCGGGACUGUCCACUAGGAGUCAUAGAGCCUCACUCUGGGGGCAGCUGCCCUCCUCCUACUUGCCCCUCCACCCUCCCAAUGUGGUAAUGCCCUUGGCUCCACUACCACCCACACCCUGUCCCCAGUGCCCACCUUCAGCCAGCCCAGCUUACUGGAGGGUGGCCCCGGAAGCUCAUGGCCCGCCAGGGCUGCUCUGGGAUCUAGAUGCCCUCUUCCAGGGGGUGCCACCCAAACAGAGCAUCUGUGACGUGUGGGUUAGUCAAUCCCAGGAUCCAGCUGCCUCCACCCCAGGCUGGCUACUCUCCCAUAGAGCCUGCGAGGCUCCCAGUGCAGGGGCUGCUUUCCUCUCCUACCUCUUUCUGACACCACUGGCUUUUGGGGAACCAAGGCCAAGAGGACCAAGAGGUGUCUGCGGCCACAGCAGCCCUGAAACACCAGGCACCAGCGUGCUGAGCAUCUGCGAUGUUUAUUGGACUACCCAACCAAGGGUUGGGGUUGGCCCAGGCACUGCCCUGGCCCUGAUGAGCUCUGAAAGCAGUGGAAUGUUGGAGCUGCAGUCAGACUGCCUGGUUCAAGUCUUAUCUCCACCCUUUACUAAACAUGUGACUGUCAAGUGA